AUGUUUGGCCUCGCCAGCAUGUUCUUCCUCCCAGCCCCACUACCCAUCACGGAAGACGCUAUGGCAAGAUAUGAGGGCAAGCUUGACGAAGCAGCCAACUACAGCAAGCAGACAGCAAAUUCCACGCAGGCAUGGUAUGAGGCUGCAGAGGAGCUCAGGGAGGCAAAGACAUGGUUUUGGCGCUUCACAAAGCAGAAGCCACUGGUGCUGGAGAAGCAGGCAAAGGAGCGAGCUGCAUAUGCUGUUGUUCGGGAGCAUGACCGGCACCUGGAUUCUUUGAUCUCUGCAGCUAAAGCAGAGCUGGGGCUCUGGUCGGAGCUGGGGAUCGGUGAAGGGCGGCAGCUGUUUUGGAGGUCUUUCCAGGCGGGCAAGGUGUUUGGAAGGAGGCAGACAAUCUGGGAUACGGCGUUCAACCUCCUCUCGUCCAGUCAGGGAGAUCGGAACAUUGUCACAGCUUUCGUGCAGCUGAUUUGCACGGCGAUCGUCAAUUUCACCGCUGGCAUGCUGUCGUCUGUCUUCAUUUUUGUCUUCCAGCUCCCCUGGCUCCUCAUGUCAUAUCAGGCCAGUAUUCCUUCCAUGGUCGCCUUUUUCGGCCUGGCAAUGCUGGGCUGCAUCAGUGUCAUAUUGUCAUACCUCCUUGGGCUCUACCUUGCUGGCGCAGAGGCAGGAGGGAGCAGCGGGUUGACAGCCCCAUCCACUCAGGAAGAUGUGACACAAGGAAAUGCGAACAGCUUGGAGGAAGUUUUGCAGAUCGCUUCUACAUGGCAGGGAUCGCCAAGGGCUGAGCAUGAGUGGGCAGCGCACAUCUUGGCAAAUGGCCAGAGUGGGGCUGUGUCGGCCCCUGCCCGGGCAGCCUUGUGUGGGCUGAGCCCUGAGGUGGCCAGCUUCUACCUCAGCCUCUGCUGCAUACAGCGGCUGGCCAGCGUGGAGGACAUGCAGGAACAGCAUGGCACUCCAGCGCACACAACAGGGGAGGCCCUUGCAGACGUCACCUUGCGGGUCCUGCACGAGCACGAUUCCGACCUCGACAGCAUGGAACUAGCGCGCAUGACCGAGGCUCCUCGUCCGGCGCUCAAGGUUGAGGCUCCUCUCCCGCCCCCCCAGCCAAUGAUCGAUGGCCCUCUGGACGACAGCUGGACAAGCGCCGCCCUCCCAUCGGCUCCUGCAGCAGAAGCUGCUGCGCAGAAGAAGAGAGGGCGGCGGGCAAGGAUCCUGCAGGACGGCAGCCUGACCAUGAUCCUGUACGGUGCUGACGAGGCGCUGAAGUGGCAGAUGCGUGUCGCCAGCUUCCUCCAGGCUGCACGGGGAGUCCUAGGGGAUCGGCGUCGCGUUUCUGGUCAGUGGGCAGGGUCCGUGCUUGACAGCGUGAUGGGAGUUUUCCUGACACAGAACGUGUCUGACGCGCUCUCAUCGAAGGCAUGGAUGACUCUGGCAGCCACUUUCCCCCUUGCUGCUGCUGACAACCAGCACCGGGAAGCCGGGGGGAUAUUGGAGGCAGGAGAUGCUGCGAAUGGUCUUGCCGGGUUGGGGCGCUGCAGCGGUGAGAUGGAGUGUAAGCAGGGAUCGGAGUUGUCCAGUCUGGCAGUGCCCCAACAGGAGCUGCCCGCCAGCGCAGCAGAUGUUGCCCCGCACGGUCAGCGCUGCAGGGACACAGCAGACAGCAUUGACUGGGAAGCUGUGCGCGCAGCUGAGACGCAUGAGAACCUUCUCAAACAGAUAUCCAUGGUCGGCCCGGGGUUGGGGACGGUGUGCAAAAAUGAGGGAGGAGAGAAGGAGCACUCAGCAGAGGUCUCAAAAGCCUUGCCUGGCUCGGAGCAGCCCUCAAAGCGGCAGCGCACAGAGGCAGCUGUACAAGAGCAGGAGUCUCCAGACAGGUGCCCUACUGCAGGCAUGCCAGGCAGCCUGGAAGAGUCUCGCCCACCGGGUGACGGUACUGCAGUGGUGGAGGAAGCGGGCAUGGAGUUCCAGUGCCAUGAGAUCCUGGAAGGCAUUGCAAUGGAGGCUGCCAAGAAGGAGUCGCCAAAUGCAUGGGAGGCGCUAGGGGCGGAUCCGCCUCUAGAGGCAGAACCAACGGCCGGCUUUCCAGCCAGCAUGCCAGGCAUGGAAUCCAUGGCAGCCGAGGAGGAGGGAGCAGAGAUGGAGGGCGCAGUCCAUCCCACGACGCUGGAGUGGCUGAGGGAUGUGGCAGAGGAUGAUGCACGGCAGUACCUCAUGGGUGUCAUGGGGCUGGGCAGGAAGAGCGUGGCAUGCGUGAUGCUGCUGGCCUUAUGCAAGCAUGACUUCCCAGUGGACACCAAUGUUGGCAGGAUCUGCGCGCGGCUUGGCUGGAUCCCACUAGAUGCCGAGGAGGCCCUUGAGGACCUCGACAGAUAUGCACCAGAGCCAGAGGUUCACAAAUACCUGCACUCCAGGCUCAUGCAUUUUGACACGGAGACUCUGUACGAGCUGCACUACCAGAUGAUCACCUUGGGCAAGGUGUUCUGCAGCAAAAAGGACCCCAACUGCAGAGCCUGCCCGCUACGGCCACAGUGUGAGUAUGCCAAGGCAAACGGACGCCACCUCAAGGAAAAGCCCCCUGCGUCGGAAGGGCCCAAAUCAGAGGCCAGCCCAGCCCACAAUCAGCCCGCCACCUCUGAAGCCGCGGCGCCCCCAGUGCAUGAGCCAUGCAAAGAGGUCCCAAAGUCAGACCUUGUGGAGCCCCACAGUGACAGGAUGCAGGAGGGUGCAUGUGGCCAGCCAGUGGGGACAGGGACUGCAGAGCCUGGUAAGCAGGAGAACGCAGAUAAGGGCAAUUCUGAGGCAGCAGACCUCCAUGAGAUGCCUUGCACACCAAGGGCUGACAGCUCUGCAUCAGCUGGAGGCGCCAGCCGUGAGUGUCAAGGGGCUCUGAACGGCGAAGCUGCAGCUCCCACCACACCCACCAAGAGCACAGAAGGAGGCACAAGGCCUCUUGCUGCCGGCAAUGACAUAAUUGAAGCACAGGGAGCAUCUAAUCACAAGGCUGCAUGCGAGGCCGAGGCUGCAUUGCCGGACAUUGAGGACCUUGAGAAAGCCUCCAUUCCCAGCAAGGCACCCAGAUCACAGGGCCAGGAGCUGUCACGCAUUCUCGCUCUGGGAGAGGACUGCGGAGUCACAGGGGACAUGGACCAGGACACAGUCCCCUCUGCUUCUGUGAACCCGAGGCUACUGGAGGCGGCUGCAGCAGUGCUGGACAUCAUACCUGGGGGCCAUGCCAGCGGUGUGGAAGACAUUGUGACCCUGUUGCAGCGCUACGAUGCGAAGGCUGUCCGCCGCCGCUUCAAGGAGUUGUCUGUGGUCGUGCAUCCCGACAAAUGCACACUUGUGGGAGCCCGGCAGGCGUUUGAUCACUUGCGGCGGGCACAAGAGGUGCUGAUAAGGCAUGUCAGCCCGCAGCACAAUUCCAACGGUGGAGGCCAAGAGGAUGCGGCACCUGGCUCUGUUUCUGCAGGGGACCCCAGGGGAGGGCAAUAUGUGCUGCUGCAGGGUCAUGAGAUCCCGGCUGCCUUUUACGGUCUGCUCAGUCCUGCAGUGACUGCGCAUCACACCUCAGAAGACCUGCCGCUGCUGCUUGUGCCCUUGCCGGCAACAACAUGCCCUCCUGACAGAACCAGCGGCAAGGUCGACAGAAGCGUGACCAUGGCUCUGUUCAAUUCACUCCUGCAGCCGCGCAUCACAGACACUGGUGCUGCCCCAGCAGACUCACCUGGCCAGCUGCCUGGCGAGGACCCCAAGCCUGGCCAGGGACCUGCCCUUGAGAUGGCUGAGGAAGGUGCGGCACGGGCGCCUAGCAAGGAUGAGUCAGCAGCCCGGCAGCCGGGGUACGCAGUGCUGGUUCCCUGCCGCACUGCGAUGCGCGGCCGGUUCCCCCUCAAUGGCACCUACUUCCAGGUCAAUGAGGUGUUCCUGGAUGAGACCUCCCUGCGCAGCCCCAUCCAGGUGGCGGAUGAGGUGGUGGGCGCGUGGGUGCGCCGGCCGGUGUACUUUGGCACGUCGGUGGCGGCCGUCUGCCGGGGCAUGGGCCAGUCGGAAGUCACACGCUUCUUCUUGGACGGCCUCCUCUGCGUCCGCGCCUUUGACCCCAUCACAAGGUUUCCACGGCCGCUGCCGGAUUGGACCCUGCCGGGCAAGCAGCCCAAGCCGCCCGCCACGCCGCCCGCUGCAGACAGAGCGAAGGGCAAACAGCGCGGCAAAGGCCCUGACCAGCCAUCUGUGCUAGCGCUCGGAGCUGCUAUUAAUAGGGCUGCGCCAGCUGGGGCCGGCGGCCCCUCACAGGCGCUCGUUGUGGUGGGCUCUGCGGCGGCUGCUACCCUUGCUCCUGGUCAGAGGGUCAAGCGCAAGUACACACGCCGAGUGGGUGCCACGGUUGCGCUGAAGGGCGGCGUAGCAAAGCCAGAGCCUGCAGGGAGGAUUGUGCACGCUGCGCUCCUCGAUGCGGGGCAGGCGCAACCGGCCACCCAGCCAGCGGCGGCACAGGCGCCAGGCAGCUCAAGCAAGGACAGUGGAGACGGCUCAGCAGCACAGCCAGCGUGCGAUAGCGUGCCGGUCGUGCCUGUGCAGGUGGAGGUGCAGGUUGCAGAAGUGGGGCCGAGGGGGCCCACUCGAGCAGCCGCCGCCAGAGCAGCGGCCGCAAUCACGGCCACAUUUGAUGCCUAUAGGCGGCCGCCAAAGAAAGUCAAUUUUUCCUGA